AUGUCUGAUGUUGUGAAGAAAUGGAUUACCGCCGAAGCCGAGCCCCUGUUCUUAUCCAAUGCCUCAUCACAGCGAGUCUUCCAAGGGUACAUAGAGUAUCCAGAUGUUGUAUCCGGUGUUUUGGACUGUGUCGCAAACACAGAUCUCCUCACUAUUGGCAACAUAUUGCGCUUUCUGUGCCAUGCAAGACUACGACCGAGCGAGCAACGUCGGCUGGAAACUAGUCCGCUUCUCGACAGUCAGGAGACCAUCGAACAACAGCGUCAGCGUGCAAGGACAGCCUUUGAGUUUGUUCAGGGAGAAUCUGAGUUAGCUGCUAAACCCCUUGAUUUCGGCUUGCGACAAAGCCAUUCUAGUGGUUUUAGUGGGUCGAUUGACGUUCUAGACGACGAACCAGAGGGAUAG